AACCCGUAUACACAAGAAAGUCUGUAGAAACAAGACAAGUCUCUUGCUAUUUCAGUUCUAUUUUUCAUUUAAACAAAAAAAUAUACACAAAUUUGUAAAUUGUUUUAUAUUAUACUCAUUAAUCGAGUGAAAGAUCAGUGGGCAUUUUUUGCUUGAUUUUUCUCUGCAUAUAUUUUGUGCGAAUAAAUUGCCGUGUUGUGAUAACGAGAGGAAAAAAAACAUAGCAACAAAAUGACUGAAAUGCAAAUGGAUUGCGCUUUGGACUUGAUGCGCCGAUUACCGCCUCAACAAAUCGAAAAGAAUUUGAUUGAUUUAAUCGAUUUGGCACCGGCGCUAUGUGAGGAUUUACUAUCGUCGGUGGAUCAACCGCUGAAAGUGGCGAAAGAUAAGGAGAGCGGUCGAGAUUAUUUGUUAUGUGAUUAUAAUCGUGAUGGUGACUCAUACCGAUCACCAUGGUCGAAUACAUACGAUCCACCUCUUGAAGAUGGUUCAAUGCCAUCGGAACGAUUGCGUAAAUUGGAAAUUGAAGCAAACCAUGCAUUCGACCAAUAUCGUGACAUGUAUUACGAGGGUGGUGUUUCGUCUGUGUACCUGUGGGAUUUAAAUCAUGGUUUUGCCGGUGUAAUUUUGAUUAAAAAAGCUGGUGAUGGCAGCAAAAAAAUCAAGGGCUGUUGGGACUCAAUUCAUGUGGUUGAAGUGCAAGAGAAGAGUUCCGGUCGUAUGGCGCAUUACAAACUCACAUCGACAGCGAUGCUGUGGCUACAAACCAAUAAAACUGGCUCGGGCACGAUGAACUUGGGCGGCAGUUUAACCAGACAGGUGGAACAAGAUGCAAAUGUAAACGAACAAUCGCCACACAUUGCCAACAUCGGUCGGAUGGUUGAGGAUAUGGAGAAUAAAAUUCGAAAUACGCUUAACGAAAUUUACUUCAGUAAAACGAAAGACAUUGUAAAUGGUUUGCGUAGCAUUCAAUCAUUGUCAGAUCAGAAAGCACAGGCUGCCAUGAAACAAGACCUUGCCGCCGCCCUACAACGCCGAAAUCUUAAAAACGAGAAUUAAAUCAAUGUUUUGCAUAUAACUAUUACAAUUACCGAAAUGCGGGGUCAAUCGGAAAGAUAAAUGAUGAAAUAACAUUAUACAAUUCCAGAGAAAUCAUGCAUGACAGUACACGAAGAUGAAUAUUUAAUGUUUAAGCAAUUUAAGAGAUAAAAUCGUGCACACUGGGCGUUUAUUUUAUUAUUAUUAUUAUUAAUCAAGCCUCAAACUUUUUUUUAACACAAAUUUGUUCAUAAUUUCUUAAAUUUUUUAUCGCUUUUUCCGUUGUCAACUUCCUUAAAGUUUUUUCCGUUUGUAUCAAACUAAUUCGGAGAGUAUGAAUAGAGAUUAGAAGAGCAUAGAGAGAUAGAGAGAGAGAUUUUUGAACAUUCAGCUCUAAUAAAAAGAAUUAAUAAAUUUUGUACUAUCGAAAUCACUAUUGUCGGUUAAAAAACA